AUGAUCGACCACGUCCUCGGGCGGCCUUCGGUCAAGUCGCGCCGACUUCAGGUGCUGGCUGUCUUGGCCUUCUGGUCGGCUUACAUCUUCAGAGGCCACCCUCAUGGCCCUCCCUUUCUGCGCUUCUUCUCGAAGCUUACCACGAAGCGGUUGACGACAUGGCAGACCGUCGUCGCCACGAUGCUCUACCUAUAUGCCGCCCGCAAUUUCAGCACCCUCCUCGGCCUCGCGAGCCCUGAGCCCAUGUCAAACAUGUACGACGCCACAUACUUCCGCGCGACGUGGGUGUUGACUGCUCUGGACGCUGGGUUCUGGACUGCGAUGAAGAUCAAGGCGAAGUGGCUUCGCGACCUAGCCAGCAUCGUGUUCUCCGUCUUCUACAUGUUUGCCGCCGAGAAAGCCGACGAGAAGGUUCGCAAAGUCCGCGGUAUGCUGACGGUCGAGCACCUGCGAGUGUCUUGGAACAAAGGAACUACGCCCUACCUGCGCUUCUUCCAGGGCCUGAUGCGACCUCGAUUUUCGCGCUGGCCGCCCCGUGCCAUCCGCAUCCCUCGUCCUAGCGGCAGUGAUUACAAGGAACCUGUGUCGGCCUGGCUCUACUUUGACGGUCCGCUUACAGACCUCGCGCGACACAACCGAAUCAUACUCGAUAUUCCGGGUGGAGGUUUUGUGGCCAUGGAUCCUCGAUGCAACGAUGACAAGCUCUUCGCUUGGGCCGCCAAAACAGGGCUUCCUGUAUUGAGUCUGGAUUACAAAAAGGCCCCCGAAUUCCCAUAUCCAUACGCGCUCAACGAGUGUUUUGAUGUCUAUACAACCAUCGUCAGGAGCAAAGGAAGAUGCAUUGGAAUGUCGGGGAAGGAAACGCCUCGAGUUGUCUUUACGGGGGACAGUGCAGGAGGAAACCUGGCCACAUCGACGACCUUGAUGAUCAUCGAGCGAACAUCCGCUCCCAUGCGCCGCUACGUGAACACGGGAGAUCUGCCGCUUCCGGACGGACUCGUGCUUUUCUACCCGGGACUCGAUAUGAACAUCGGCAACUGGAUGUCCGAUGAGCAGAUGUCGCUGAUGAAGGACAGGAGGAUGAGAGGCACAAACAAGUCAAUCAUCAGGCGGAAAAGUAUGCAGUACAACGACCUGGUUGGUACGCCGCACCAGACCGAUGACGAGGAGGAGAGUGCUGCGAAGCAAGCAGCGGAAUUGACCACAAAGGAGCUCGAGAUCGCUUCUUCGCAGGCGCUUGCAAGCCCGCAUCCCGAGUACUCGCACAGCGGUCCCCAGGUCCUGUCCAACACACAGCUCGCGUCACAAGACGCCAAGCGCCAGCAGAGCACGUCUCACCAUUCAGAACCUCUUCGAACACGUCUCGCAAUGUCUUCGAUGAUUUCAUACUUCAACGAUCGUGUCCUUACCCCCGAAAUGAUGCGCGCGAUGAUCAUCCUCUACAUCGGACCCCACAACCGUCCGGACUUCAGCCAAGACUACCUGCUAUCUCCGGUACUGGCUCCGGACUCUCUGCUGGCCCGGUUUCCAAAGGUUUACUUCCUCACCGGCGAACGAGAUCCUCUAGUCGACGACACCGUCAUCUUCUCCGCCCGCCUGCGCAAGGUCAAGGAAGCAAUGUUCGAACAGGCCCGCUCCGAGCGCUCAGAGUUCGGUGACGGCUACGAACCGGUCUUUAACGCCAAGGACGUGGCCGAAGUUACAUUGAUUCCUGGCAUCUCCCAUGGCUUUUUGCAGUUCCCGACUGUGUACCCGCCAGCUUGGAAGCAUUUCGACAGAUCAUCCGAGUGGAUCAUGGACAUUUUCAAUCAAGCCGAUGCGGCUCGCGAACGUGAAGGUCGCGGACGUCGUCGGGUAGGAGGCCCGGCGACGAAUGGGAACACACAAGGAAGACAUCACACACGCGCCGAGUCGAGCGGGGACGAGGACCGGCCCCUCGAGAUCAGCAUGACGAGAGCCAGCCGCAGCAAGACCCUGACGAAGGAGCCCCAACCCAUGGAAGAAGGCGAGUCGCUCGUGGACAGGCUUGAGGUGGGCAACGGGAAGAAGAAGAAUGGCAGGGCGAGAGGCGCAAGUAAGAGCACAGGCGCGAGCCUGGUUAAACUCAAGAGUACCGACGAUCUGCUUGGUAGGCGCAUGCAGGGUCUCGCUGGUGGGUUGACUGGCGUAAGAGGCGACCACGAUUAA